GAGGGCUGACUGAGAGUGUCAAUUCAUGAGCGUGUGCUGGAAAGAGAGAGCAACACGGAGAGUGUGUGUGUGCUUGCAUGUGACACAAAACCUAACGUUCAUAACUCAGAAGAAGAGGAAGAGAAACUAAAAAAGCCGCUGACAAACACAUUAUAAUGGUCUUUUGGGCUGUGGAUUUUAAAGUGUCGGGAUUAUUUAAUCACUGGAUUAUACAGCAGAAGUCAGUGCCAGGAGAUCAUGGACCGGAACCAAUCACAGCAAAACAACUCCUCCCUGCUCUCUGAUUGGCCAGACAGAUCGUUGGAGUACAGCGAUGCAGAGCUGGUGCUACUGGGUGUUGCGAUGUCUAUACUGGUUCUAGCCAUAGUUUUUGGUAAUGUUCUGGUGAUCACAGCCCUCAUACGGUUUCAGCGGCUCCAGACAGUCACCAACCUCUUCAUCGCCUCACUGGCUCUUGCUGACCUCAUCAUGGGUUUGGUUGUGGUCCCUUUUGGCUCCAGCUACAUCCUGCUGGGAGCCUGGCAGUUUGGAAACUUCAUGUGUGAGUUCUGGACAGCUACUGACGUUCUGUGUGUGACGGCCAGCAUUGAAACCCUGUGUGUGAUCGCUCUGGACCGCUACCUCGCCAUCACCUCGCCACUACGUUACCCAACCAUGCUCACCAGGGGUCGGGCCUUUGCGGUGGUCCUCGGGGUUUGGGUCGUGGCCUCCCUCAUCUCCUUCCUGCCCAUCCAUCUGAAGCUGUGGGUGUCAGAUGAUGAGAAAGCUCGAGUGUGUUUGGAUAACGAGUACUGCUGUGAUUUCAACACAAAUGUAGCGUAUGCAGUGUCUUCCUCCAUCGUGUCGUUUUACCUGCCACUGGUGGUGAUGAUCUUUCUGUACAGCCGGGUCUUCCAGGAGGCUCAGAAACAGCUGGAGAAGAUCAGAGGGAGGGAGAGGCACUUCAAUAACUUGCAUUACACUGCACAGCGGAAAUAUCUUGACGAUAAGGCUGCAGUGUGUAAACUCAGGGCAGGAGCUGAGGAGGGAGAUGAUGCGGGGGAGGACAGUCUUAUCAUGGAGAAAACAGGCGGUACAGACACUGGUAAAGGAAGGGUGGAAGGAAAACACUCUGCCACAAAGCGACUUAAGUUCUGUCUUAAGGAGCACAAGGCUGUAAAAACUCUGGGGAUCAUUAUGGGAACCUUUACAUUGUGUUGGCUACCCUUCUUCAUCCUCAACAUCCUCAUGACCUUCCUCAAACUGGGUGACGUGAGGCUGCUCUUUAGACUCCUCAACUGGCUGGGAUACUCCAACUCAGCCUUCAACCCACUCAUCUACUGCCGCAGCCCGGACUUCAGGCACGCUUUUCAGGAGAUACUCUGUCUGAGGGGGAAAAGGGGUAGAGCAUGGAGGUGGUGCAGGGAGAGAGACUAUAACUCCAAGCCCCCCGGUAGAACGAACAUGAAGGCAGCGCUGAAUGGUCAUGGAGGGGAGGAUGUUCAGCAGAGACCAGUCUGGAAAGGGUGUUUAGAGAACUCUAAUCCAGACAGCAAGAAGCUAACUGUGACUCCUCUGUCUUCAAGCUGUGAGCAGGUUUUGGAUGUAGCUCCUGGUUCCCUGACAAACUGGCAGGCAAACAGUUCUGCAAAUGAGGGCUGUCAGGAAAACCUGGCUUCUAAUGUUUGACCAGUGUUAGACUUAAGAUCGUGUGUGUAAUGCCAAGAAGUAAACAGAAGAUUGAUGAUGG